CGUCAGCAGCCGCGGAGAUUUUAAAAUUCUAACGGCGCGGGUGGGUGGGCCCAGGCGCUGGUGUUUUGGCGGCUGCCCUCCUGUCCCGCAGGUUAUCGCACGGUUUACGGAAAUUUGAUUUCUGAAUCCGGUCGGAAAACUGGAAGAAAGGUCGUAAGCAUGAAGCGCAGUUCAGUUUCUACCGGCGGUGCUGGCCGCCUCUCUAUGCAGGAGUUACGAUCCCAAGACUUCAAUAAACAAGGCCUCUACACCCCUCAGACCAAAGAAAAGCCAUCCUUUGGAAAGUUGAAUAUGACCAAACCCACAUCUGAAAGAAAAGUCUCUCUAUUUGGUAAAAGAACUAGUGGAACUGGAUCCCGGAAUAGUCAAUUUGGUAUAUUUUCCUGUUCUGAAAAAAUCAAGGACCCAAGACCACUUAAUGACAAAGCAUUCAUUCAGCAGUGUAUUCGACUACUCUGUGAGUUCCUUACAGAAAAUGGUUAUGCAUAUAAUGUAUCCAUGAAAUCACUACAAGCUCCUUCUGUUAAAGACUUCCUGAAGAUCUUCACUUUUCUUUAUGGCUUCCUGUGCCCUUCGUAUGAAUUGCCUGACACAAAGUUUGAAGAAGAGGUUCCAAGAAUCUUUAAAGGGCUUGGGUAUCCUUUUGCAUUAUCUAAAAGCUCCAUGUAUACAGUAGGGGCCCCUCAUACAUGGCCUCACAUCGUGGCAGCCUUAGUUUGGCUAAUCGACUGCAUUAAGUUACAUACUGCCAUGAAAGAAAGCUCACCUUUAUUUGAUGAUGGCCAGCCUUGGGGAGAAGAAACUGAAGACGGAAUCAUGUAUAAUAAGUUGUUUUUGGACUACACCGUAAAAUGCUAUGAGAGCUUCAUGACUGGUGCCGACAGCUUUGAGGAGAUGAAUGCAGAGUUGCAGUCAAAACUGAAGGAUUUAUUUAAUGUAGAUGCUUUCAAACUGGAAUCAUUAGCAGCAAAAAACAAAGCACUGAAUGAACAGAUCGCAAGAUUGGAACAAGAAAGAGAAAAAGAACCGAAUCGUUUAGAAACAUUGAGAAAACUGAAAGCUUCCUUACAAGCAGAUGUUCAAAAAUAUCAGGCAUACAUGAGCAAUUUGGAGUCUCAUUCAGCCAUUCUUGACCAGAAAUUGAAUGGUCUCGAUGAAGAUAUUUCUAGAAUAGAACUAGAAUGUGAAACAAUGAAACAGGAGAAUACUCGACUACAGAAUAUUGUUGAUAACCAGAAGUACUCAGUUGCAGAUAUUGAGAGAAUAAAUCAUGAAAGAAAUGAAUUGCAGCAAACCAUUAAUAAAUUAACCAAGGAAUUGGAGGAUGAACAGCAGCAGUUGUGGAAUGAGGAGUUAAAAUAUGCCAGAGGUAAAGAAGCGAUUGAAACACAAUUAGCAGAGUAUCACAAGUUGGCUAGAAAAUUAAAACUUAUUCCUAAGGGUGCUGAGAAUUCCAAAGGUUAUGACUUUGAAAUUAAGUUUUAUCCUGAAGCUGGUGCCAACUGCCUUGUCAAAUACAGGGCUCAAGUUUAUGUACCACUCAAGGAACUCUUGAACCAAACUGAAGAAGAAAGUAAUAAAGCUCUAAAUAAAAAAAUGGGGUUAGAUGAUACUUUAGAACAAUUAAAUACAAUGAUAAUGGAAAGCAGAAGAAGUGUAAGAACUCUGAAAGAAGAAAUUCAAAAGCUGGAUGAUCUUUACCAACAAAAAGUGAAGGAAGCUGAGGAAGAGGACAACAAAUGUGCCAAUGAGCUGGAGUCCUUGGAGAAACACAAGCACAUGCUGGAGAGUGCUGUUAAUGAGGGCCUCAGUGAAACUAUGAAUGAAUUAGAUUCUAUUCAGCGGGAAUACCAACUGGUUGUACAGACUACAACUGAAGAAAGACGAAAAGUGGGAAAUAACUUGCAGUGUCUUUUAGAGAUGGUUGCCACACAUGUAGGUUCUGUGGAGCAUAAAAUAUUUCUGAAACAUGAAGUUCACCUUAUCCUCACCUUUCACGCAGCUUGAAAAUUUUACAAUAAAAUGAUUCUUCCAACCUGCUGUACAGAAUUCAAAAGCUAAGAUAAAUUGCUGAACUCCAAAAUUCCUGGGUAAUUGAUUAGGUGAUAACUUCCAAUUGUGAAUGGUUUAAGGAAAGAAGACUCAUAUCACACUAAUAGGCUUCAUGUAUUGUAAGCGGAGUACAUGAUAUCCUACUUCCUUUCAUCUCUCCUGGAAGACAUUGAGCUGCUGCUUUCUUGCUUGCCAGUGCUCUUCACUGCUUUCUAGUAAAAACUAAGAAAAGCAUCCUGGACGCUACAUCAAAAAACCUGGUUUCUACCUACUUCUAAUUCAGCCACUUAGUGGCUCUAUAACCUUUAAUGAAUCCUUUUUCAACCACAGACCAGAAAAUUAUUUGAGUGACUACUUUCUUAUUUUCCCAAGGAUGAUGGUGUUUUAUUCUAGGUUCAUAAGAAAUAUUCAUUCAUAAUAUAUAGAUAUUGGCGUAGAUUAAGAAAGUGCUUACUGAUAUAUGUAUCAUUUGACUACUUUUGGUCUUUACUUCAUCUGUAAAAUGAGAGAGUUGAACUAAGUAUUUGUCAACAUCCUUUGUACCUCUGUCUAUUACAGAUAACUAUUCGUCUGACCUUAGUGGUGUUAAUCCAGUAGUGAUUUAUCACUACGGAUUUAUGGGAAAGCUAACCACAACUAUUAAACUUUUAAUCAGUUAAUAUAAAAUUAGAUUUGAAACUCUGAUAAAUUACUAUUACUUUUUAAUUACUUUUUGUAUAUUUUAAUAUUCAAGAACAUCAGACCAAAUUCAACAAACAUUUACUGAGCACUUAUUUUGCACUAUGCGAAAUUCACAAUUAGCCAGUACAGUGUAGAAGGAGCAUAGAAAGUCAACCAAUUAUCAUUGAAACUUAAUGUGGAGAAAUUUUGAAUAAUGAAAUUGUACUAGAAAGAAAACAAGAUUUGGAUCUGAAUAGUUUUAUUGUAACACAGCCACUUCAUUCACUUCCAUACUAUUUAAGGCAGCUUUCUUACUACAACAUCCGGGCUCAGCAGGUACAACAAAGACCAUCUGUUGUAUUUUAGGCCCGCAAAGCCUAAAAUAGUUAUUACUUGGCCCUUGACAGGAAAAGGUUGCUAACUCCUUUAGAUUCCUAACCUCCCUGAGAGGACACAAAAUCUUUUUUUCUUCUAUUUUGAUGUUCCAAAAAUUAUUAUAAAGCUAUAAUAACUCACACACUUUAGUAUUGAUACAUACAAACCAAUCUCUCUGGUUGAGAGUCCAGAAAAAAAUAUAUGAGAAUAGACAGAAAAUUGAUAUAUGAGGGAGUUAGUAUUGUAUAGUCGGGGUAAAGUGAGUUAUUCAAGUAAAUUCAGUUUUAUAAAAUUAAGAUCUCAAUAUCAAAAGACAGAGAGAGUAGGAAAACAAGCCACAAAAAUGGUAGAAGAUAUUUUUUAAAA